UAUGUUGAUUCCCUCAUGUGAAACAGUAAAUGCUACAACAAAUAGUAAACAGGCUCUUGAUGUUACCUUUAAUGUGUCUGAACUGUAUGCUAGAAUAUCUGAAAUGCUGGAAAGAGGAUUGGCACAAACUGCUGAAAGGAUAACUGGAGAAAUUAGAGCUGAUUUUCAAAAUCUAGGUUCAAGAAUUGAAACUAUUGAACAUAAUUUGGAUGUUAAUGUUGCUAGGACAACUCAAAAUGCCGAUCACCUACAAUACAUGCAGGAUCAGCUGGAAUUAGCACAAGCCAGGAUCGAUGAACUUGAAAAUAGAUCUCGGAGAGGGAAUUUUAGGAUCAGAGGCCUUCCUGAAUCUGUUCUUGAUAUUGACUCUGCAGUACAGGAUAUUAUCAAAAUGUUGUUGCCGCACAUUCCAGCCCACAAGUUGGACUUAGACCGCGCUCAUAGGUCACUGGGACCUAUACGGAAAGAUGGCUUGCCAAGAGAUAUAGUGAUUAAACCUCAUUAUUUUUCUACUAAGGAGGAGAUAAUGAAAUGUUCGCGUCAAAGGGAACAACUAACCUAUCAAGGAGCCAAUAUUCAAAUCUUUUCCGAUAUCUCUCCUUAUACGAUACAGAAGAGAAGAUCGAUGAAACCUCUGUUAUCAGCCCUUCUACAGAAAGAGAUAAGAUAUAAAUGGGCUUUUCCUUUUGCUCUGAAAUUUUCUUAUAAAGGCAACCACUAUGCAGUCCACAACUUUCAAGAAGGUGAACGUCUACUGAUGAGUCUCAAUAUAAUAUCUACUGUUCCUGAUAUGGACACUUCUCCGAUCCAGCAGGGCUCGACUAAAAGACAGACCCCUAUAAGUCCGACAUCAUCUACAUGGACAAAAGUCAAGUACAGGAAGGUUAAAGAUGACUCUGUUACCUGAAUGAGGAUGGAAGGGGAAUUUUUUCAUUUUCCUUCUUUCCUUUGUUUAUUUAUUUAUUUUAUCUAUUUACCUAUUUAUUUUUUUUGGGUCAUUUGCUGGUAACUAUGUCUCUACUCUAGAGUAUGAGUAUAUAUAAGUAUUUUGGAUGUGUUAGUCUAUGGGGAGUGGGAGAGAGGGAGAGAGAAGAUAAUUUUCAUUUGUUUUCUUUCUCUUCCUCUCCACUCAUAUACGGAGAACAUGCAUUUAAUGCCAUCCCCGAUUGAUGUGUGAAUUAUAUAGAAGUUGUAUUUUUCAUUUUUUUCUUCCCCUUUUUUUAAAAGGGAUUACAAUGUUUUAUAUAUCAUUAGUCAAUAAUAGCAGGUCAGUGGUGAGUCGCUAGGCCUCAACUCACUCCUUAGAUUGACGUUUGGUCGUCCUGGGGUGUGAGUUUGUAGCCCUCUUUAUGGGCUAUUCUAAAUUUCUGUUUUUGAGUGAAGGGAGGGGGACAUUGCCUUCCCUUUACUCAGGGCCAUCGUUAGGCCCUAUAAUGUUCUGGUUAAUCCUGAUAAAUUUAUUUUUAUAUUCUUUUCCUUUGACCUUUUCUGUUUUCCUUGAUCUUUCUUCCUCUAUAGCCUACCUGCCAAUUUAUGCUCAUAUUGGGAUGAGGUUAAUGAUGCGGUUUUAUGGCUCAUCAAAUACUUAUUUCUCUUACGGUCUUGAUUAUGAAACCAUCACACCCCUGUUAGACUCAAUGCUUGGGAUCCAUACUAUUUUAAUACAUGGCUGGUUCAGUUAGUUCUCCAUCUUCCCUUAGUGUUAUUUCUCAUAACACACAGGGGUUGAACUCUCCAAUCAAAAGGAGAAAAGCAUUGCAAUACUAUAAGACCAUUCAUGUUGAUGUAGUACUUCUUCAAGAAACUCACUUUCCAAGGCGGUACACCCCCUCGUUCUUACAUGAAAACUUCCCUACAUUUUAUUUAUCCAAAGCUGAAAAUAAAACCAAAGGUGUAGCUGUAUUGUUCUCCAAACACUGCAAUUUUACCUUGUCUAAAGAGUAUGUUGAUCCGGAAGGCAGGUUUGUCCUGGUUAAGGGCACGAUUGAUGGAAACUUAUACACUUUCAUUUCCUACUAUGCCCCAAACAAGGGACAAAAAUCUUUUUUUGACAAUUUGUUUGGGACACUUCAGUCUUUAAUGGAGGGAAUCAUAAUUAUGGGUGGUGAUUCCAAUUUGGCCUUUGAUACAGGGCUAGAUAAAUCUGGUCCAUCAAAGACUAAAUUGAUCAGACCAACCAAGGCCAGCACACAAAUAGCUCGCUUAAUUCACCAAUCCGGAUUGUCGGAUAUAUGGAGGGAACUAAAUCCGUCAGCGAAAGAUUAUACGCACUACUCUAAUCCCCACCGGUCGUUUUCGCGGAUAGAUCAUAUCUUUUUAUCUACUCAUUAUAUCCCUAGCGCUAUACGUUCAUCUAUAAUAGAUGUCCCAUGGUCUGAUCAUUCCAUGGUCGUAUUGACAUUGAAAAGGGUACACGCUAAGCAGAAGGUUUCUCAUUGGA